UUGCUUGCCACAUCAUGUCUCUGCAAGGCCUCAUAUCUGGCGCAGAAUGCGCUGUACCAUUCAAUCCCCUUUCGCAGGUGCUGAAGCACACCGAGGGCGACCGGAGCUUACAGCAGGACAGGAUUGCAGGACCGUCUGGCUCUAGGCUUCACCAUCUUCCCACUUCAUCCGCUCAUGGAUCCGAACGCGAUUUAGCCAUGGCUCGCCAAUUCUUCGAGGGUGGCUCCUCACAACAAGCCGGUGCUCCUCCAUCCUUCGCCAUGCAGCGCCACGUCAUGCCCCAUGAAGCCGAACGCUUCAUGCACACGCCCCCACCCCAAGCCGCGGGACCCGACCUGCAGCAGGCCUGGAACGAGAUGCAGCACUCGGGUCGCGCUAUGGGCAGCGACAUGCAGAUGCAGCGCAUGCAGUCCGCGCCAUCCGGCUGGGGCGCCGAGUUUGACAGCGUCGCGCAGAUCGCGCGGCCGUCCGGGCAGCAGAGCAUGCCCAUGCAGUCGAAUCUCAGCCAGACGCCAUACAUGUCCGCCGGGCUGUACGGGCGGUCGAUGCCUAUGAGCAUGGGUAUGGGUAUGUCGGCGUAUGGCAUGGGCGGGCCGCAGAUGGGAAUAGAAAUGGGCAUGGGCAAGGGCAAGGGCAAGGAGAUCGACUUUGACGCGGCGUUUGCGCAGUUUGCGGCGACAUACCCUGGUCAGAGCGAAGGCGCGCGGAUCACGGAGGUGGAUGGCGAGGAGGUCGAGCGGCUUGCGGAUGCUCUGCAGGAGGCGAACUUGGGCAAGCAAGAUGAGGAGGGGAACCCUUACCAGGGCACGGAUUUCGAAGAGGUGUGGGAUCAGUUGCAGAACUCCGAGCUGCCACCUCCGCCAGAGGAGAUGGCGAAGUGGGAGGCGCAGUUCAACCAGAUGAUGAACUCCCAGCGCGAGGACCUCGACUUUGACUACGGCGGGAUGAUGCAGAAUGCAUGGGAAGGCGGCAUGGGCGACUCCGACUAUUCGAUUGAGCCAGCCAUGCAGUUUGACGAGGAAGGCCUGCCGGUACUCGGCGACUACGUCUUUGAGCAAGACAACAAGUUCUUGGACCCUUCCCACUCCAAGUCCUCGUUACAGGAUGCCAAGGAUCUUCUGGCACGUAAUGGGUCCCUGUCAGAGGCCGCAUUGCUACUGGAGGCCGCUAUUCAGCACGGCGACCUUGGAGAAGGGGGCUACGAGGCUUGGAUACUUCUCGGUGAGACGAGGGCCAUGGACGAACGCGACGAAGCCGCCAUGCGUGCACUCUUGGAAGGUGUCAAGCGGGCUGAGGCGGCUGGCGCGGCCGGUGCAGGCAUGCUCUCUCUUGCAAUUGCCUUCACAAACGAGUCUAUGGAGAAGGCAUCCCACACGAUGCUCCUUCGGUGGCUGAAUGCGCACAUUCCCGGUGCCAACAUCCCAGAGGAGGCGUGGAAGUCGCUCCAGAACUCGUCCUGGCACUCACAAGAGCAAGUCACCGAGGCGUUCCUGAAGGUCGCCCGCGACCAGUACAACCGCGACCAGAUCGACCCUGACGUGCAGAUUGGCUUGGGUGUCUUGUUCUACACGAGUAGCGACUACGAUCGGGCAAAGGACUGUUUCGAGGCAGCGCUGAGCAUCCGGCCGAAGGACUAUCUACUUUGGAAUCGGCUUGGAUCGUCCUUGUCCAACGGCAACAAGCCUGAAGAGGCUUUGGGUGCCUACCGCGAAGCUCUGCAACUCCGCCCAACCUACACACGUGCUAUAUAUAACGUGGGCGUAGCCUGUCUGAACAUCGGUGCCCACCAAGAGGCGAUCGAACACUUCCUCAGCGCACUAGCGAUGCAAGAGUCGUCCGGUGGUGCCAAGAGCGAGCAGCUGUGGACCACGCUCCGGCGCGCGUUCCAAGCGAUGAACCGCCCUGACCUGGCCGAGAUGGCGAGGGCGUCGACGAGCCUGGAGGCGUUCCGCGACAAAGGCUUCGACUUCUGACGAACCGAUGCCGGGGACGGCGGAGACGCAGGGCCAUCGUCCGUCCCGCACGGCCGUCUUUCGGAGCCGUGCUGGUCUUGUAGUCUAUAUGCUGUAUUUUAAAUGCUCUGGGACUUCCAGGUACUGAAC